AUGGGCUUUACUCUCUACGACGCCACCAUUCUCACCGCCAAGGCUGCCCUCAGCUCGCUCACCAAUGUCCUCAAAUUGGCCGAGCAGCAGCCGAAUUCGGCCAAUCUUCUCACUGCUCAAUUGUAUGAGGACAUGAAGCCGUUGACUUUCCAAGUCCAUCAGGUCACACAAAAGGCCGAGGAUCUUGUUGCACGAUUGACGCUUCGCGAAGCCGAAAAAUUUGAAAACGAUUUUUCAUCCUUUGCGGAUUUCUAUGCGCGUAUCGACAAGGCCCUCAAAUCCUUGGAUGCCGUUGACAAAGAUACCAUCAACACGCGUGGCGAAGAGCUUGCACCAACCAAAAUCGGGCCGAGUAAAGAGUUCAACAUUACCGGUGCUACAUAUGCUAACGCAACUGUUAUUCCCAAUAUCUACUUUCAUCUGAGCAUAGCGUAUGCUAUUCUGCGCAAAGAAGGGGUGCCGCUCGGCAAGCGGGACUAUCUCACGAGCUUUCUCGGGCUGAAUGUCAACCUUCAGCAAUAA